AUGGCGAUGAUUCAUGCUGGACAUCAAGGAAUGGAGAGAAUGAAACAGUGGGGACGGGAAUAUGUUUGGUGGCCAGGAAUGAACAGAGACAUUGAAAAUAUCAGUCGAACCUAUGUUAGAUUGGUAGAUGCUUUUUCGAAACGGGUAGAGUAUGAGGAAGUGAAAAAAUUAACCACUCAGAUCGUGAUAAAAGUAUUAAAAAAUACAUGGGCUAAAUUUGGGGUUGCUAUGACAGUGGUAACGGACGAGGACCCUCUCUUCAUUAGUAGACAAUUCAAAAUCUUUUGUGCGGAAACUGGAGCGAAACACAUUUUGGCGCCAUUAUAUCAUCCGAGUUCGAAUGGACAGGUGGAGAGGAUGGUAGCGGUGGUCAAGAACUGGUUGAGAAAGUUAAAGGAUGGGGGCGGAGAGAUGUGGGUGGCCGUGUCAUAUUAUAACAACAGUAGAAAAGGAGAGGAACCGUUGCCAGUGAAGAAGUUUUUGGGAUGA